ACCCUACAAGUCACACUUGAGACAACCAUAGCCAUGAACAACUCAAGGAUGGUGCAUGUUCUCACGACCAUCAUUUCCUUCCUCGUACUGUCCCAAACCGUGAACUCAGUUUCUAUCAACUUCCCUACUUUCACGCCGUACACAAACGCCAUCACCCUCGAAGGCGAUGCCAAUGUUUCCGAAGGCGCAAUUUAUCUCACACCCGCGACUCCCUACAACGCGGGUAGAGCCUCUUAUGCUGCACCCGUGCGCCUCUGGGACGCCCAAACGGGCCGGCUCGCGGGCUUCAACACGACCUUUUCCUUUGUCGUUGGGCCAUACGGGCCCGGGCUCAUUGGUGACGGCAUCGCGUUCUUCCUCGGCCCAUUCAACUCCAACAUCCCGCAAAACUCAAGUGGCGGCUACCUCGGACUCUUCAGUUCCGACACCGCGCUUAAUGUUUACGAAAACCAAGUGGUGGCUGUGGAAUUUGACUCCUUCAGUGGGAACCCAUGGGACCCACCCUAUGCCCACGUGGGCCUUGAUAUUAACUCCAUUGCUUCGGUGACGACGGAAGAGUGGGAAACUGGAAAUGUUACGAAUGGGUUUGUUGCGUAUGCCACUGUGAGUUACGAGCCUGUGGGGAAGAACUUGGACGUGGUUGUGACGUACCCUGGAAGCCGUUUGAACGAGACUGAAACUAGCCUCUCGUUUGAGAUUGAUUUGAGGACCGUUCUGCCAGAAUGGGUUAGAAUUGGAUUCUCUGGUGCCACGGGAAGCUUGGUUGAAAUACACAAGGUCCUUUCUUGGACCUUCAAUUCUAGCUUCUACUAGGACAAUUAUAUGUGUGUCUUCAAGUCAGUCAAUGGCGCAAAGAGGGCAAUUUCGUUCUGUGGUCUAAUGUUGGUUAUUAUUAUUAAGUUGCUGAUUGUGAACUUUCUCUAUUCUUAUUAAGUUUAAAAUUUAAUGUAUUUCAAUUUCAUGAGAAGUAGACAAUUUUCUUAUGAUUGCAUAAAAAGUACUA